CUUUUAGUUUUCUGUGAACAAUAUACUAGGCAGCAUCGCAAAGAAAAAAUAAAAAAAAUGUCAUCAUCCACUUGAUUUAGAGCUAAAAAUUUGAAAGCAUACAAUUACCAAUAUUUUUGAAACUAAAAUGAGUCAAGCAUUGACCACAAUAACGUCCACUCCAAUUUCCAGAUUAACAACAAGAUCAUCAACAACGUUACCCAUCAAGCCUAACAGAAUUUCUUCACCAUGUUCGGAUGUGCCUCAGCAAAAUACCUCACUUGAUGCACCAAUUACCCUCUCCCCUAUCUCAAGGAGGAAUAUAUUUGGGUUGGGAAUAGCUGGUGCAGUUUUGGGCUUAGAAUUUGGGGAGAAGAAUGCAUGGGCAGCAGCAAGAAGACCACCUCCACCUCCAGCAGGGGAGAAAAAGGAUCCAAAUGUAAGUGCAGUUCAAGCCAAAAUAAUGGCCAGUAAAAAGAGAAAGGAAGCUAUGAAACAAGCAAUGGCCAAGCAGAAAGAGAAAGGAAAGAAAAUUCAGGAAUCAUCAGAUAAUUUACCCCCACCCUCCCAACCCAAAAUUGAGGAUUCAUCAGAUUUACCACCUCCCUCCCAACCUUCUUAAGAUUUUUAUCUAUGGAGGGUAAUUUUGUAAACAUAUUAAGUAACCAAUUAGCAAUAUUAUACUCUAUAUAUUCUUCAUUCA